AUGUUCCUCGCACAGGUCAUCAUACUAGGUGCGAUUGUCGAAGGAAGCUUUGCGGCUUCGUCUACACUGUGCACUAGUACAUCGACUCAGAAUGCUGCGGCAUCGGCCGCCAGUGAAUUGGUUGCGGCUUCCGCCUGCUCGGACAGUGACUUGCUCAAUGACUUCCAGAGUCUCCCCGAGGCCACUAACUUCUGCUCUACACUGCUUUCUAUUGUGCCGACAACCAUCACGUCCACAAUGACCAUGGUCGUAUUACCCACAACCAUCACCGCUACCGAGAUCGCGGAUACAGAUACAGAAGCGCAGUUCAUCUCACGUCGAACAACAACCUUGACCGACACCGUGACAUCUACAAGAACUGCUACGAUGUUGCUUGAUGUUCGUUCCACCAAUGGACUGCCAACUGCGCCUCCGACCAAACGCAUGGUCACUGUUGCGCUCUCUCUCAACAUUUUCGAAGAUGGACCAACCGCUACCGCCCCUCCAAUGAGUCUUAUGCCGUCGCUUUCGUCCCUGUGCAACUGCUUGAGCCUUCCCACGCCCUCCGUUACAACCACCGUGACUGUGAGACAGCCUGCCUCGGUAAUAACAGUCUUCUCUCUCGCGCCGGUUACCGUCACGUCUACUAGCACUGCCUUGGCGACAACGACAUCCUACCCGAUGCCUGAACAGUGCAACAACGCCGGCAUUCAAUUCGGUGGUUUCAAAUAUCCAUUCGGGAAUGGCCCACCAUACACAAUCGACCCGCAAUUCGUUCGCGACAAGCGUGCGGCUGAAAACUUCCUCGGCUCCGGAGUUACUACAGUUCCUCUCGGAUGGAGCUUCUUGACCGAUCCUUGUCCUGCUGACAGCCCGGGUCUCCCAUACGGACCGGUCAACCGCUCUUGUGCUGCGUACACUUACGAUCACCGUGGCUACUUCUUUGCUCCGAUUUCUGGCAACUACACAUUCACGCUGCGCUUUGUAGACGACAUCGCCUUGCUUUGGCUGGGCGAUAUAGCGUACCGGAACUUCGGCCGGCCCAACGCCACCUUGGAGGCACAGGUCCGCAACACGAACGGAACCAGCAGCUUCUCCAUGCAGCUAGGUGCUGGAUCAUACACGCCUGUCCGUCUCAUGAUGUCCAACGUAGGUGGACCGACCCAUGGAUCUUUCGACAUUGUUGCGCCCGGCGGUGUGCGCGUCCUCGACUCGAAAAUCACCCGUGCUGGGAACCCUUACCUGGUGCAAUUCGGUUGCAACAGAAAUGCGGAGGCUUUACCUUUCACUAAUCAAGUCAAUGGAGUGUAUUAG